CGUAAUAGAGGCCAUAGUCGGGCUUCUCUUCUGGUGGCGCUGCUCUUCUUGUACGUUUUAUAUGGAUGAUGGUCUGCAACGAGCGCGUGCAAGUGAGCACGCGCUCACUCACCCAGCCGAGGGGAUUGCAAUGGGCCGACUGUCGCACUGUUGCUAGACAAGUUGCUAGUAUCGUUUUGCUUUAAAGGACGGCUGGAGGUUUACUGUAGAGCCAUCUAUAAAUACGCACUACCCUGCUCUGCAUAUCAGUCUGUAUGAUUCUUUAUAGAACGUUAAUUGUUUUAUGAAUCAGCGAUCUUUGUAUCCAUUUCAGGCCUAUGAAAACCAAACCUCUGUCUUGACUUUUGCAUAAUAUCGACACAAGAUGCCCUUCAGUAUCAAGAGAUUCGCUAUGCAUUGCAGCACCAGCAUGCCAUCUGGAUCUCGAUCUGACGAAAACAAGAAAAAUGCUCAACCAAAUGAUCAGAGGAGGCCAGCGUCCUCUAGUGCCAGAAAAAUUAUAAAAAAGUCCGCGUCACAGGAGGAACACAAGGGAAAGCAGACGUCUAGUCAAGGACUUCAGUCUAGUCACUCAGUGGAUUCGGCAGAAUUAAAAAGGCUUAGGAAACAGCAAAACCUAAUCCAUCGGGAUGAAGAAAGUAAUGAAACCGAUAGAAACGGAAUUGUUUCAGUUAGACCAGCUGGUGAGGAAAGUAGAAGAAUACCACGUGACGCGUUGCGACGAACCCAACGUGACUUUCAAGAUAAAUCAAGCUGUGAUCAAAGCUCAGCGCUCCCUGGUAGAUGGCGCGCACCCGGCCGAAUAAGAAGUACUGCUGAAGCUCGAGGAAUGUACUAUGAUGAACAAUCAGAGGACAACGGCGAAGACAGGAAACUCUUCAUGAGACGCGAUGGAACUCCACGCUAUUUUGAUGCUUGUCUGCUUGAACUGAAGCAGUCUAAAGAUGCUUGUCUGCUAGAACUGAAGCAGUCUAAAGAUGCUUGUCUGCUAGAACUGAAGCAGUUUAAAGAUGCUUGUAUGCUAGAACUGAAGCAGACUAAAGAUGCUUGUCUGUUAGAAUUGAGGCAGUUUAAAGAUGCUUGCCAGCUAGAACUGAAGCAGUCUAAAGAUGCUUGUCUGCUAGAACUGAAGCAGUCUAAAGAUGCUUGUCUGCUUGAACUGAAGCAGUCUAAAGAUGCUU